AUGCCGGCGCCCGCACGCAGUCGCCCACUCAAGAAGGACUUCUUCUCCCAAACCUUCAAAGGCCAAAAACCCGUCGUCUUCAGCGAGAAUGCGCGACCGAGUACAAUCCCACCACACAUCCGCCAUCUGGCCUGGUCGUCAACAGGUGCAGCGCUAGCCACAACCUCUGGCUCCAAAGUCCGCAUCUGGAACCCCGAUCGCCCGAAUGUUAAGAGCAGUCAGGAAUUGUUGGGUCAUGUCGGGAGUGUAGAGAAGCUUGUCUGGAACCCCACGCGUGAGGGUGAGAUUGCGACGACGGGAAAUGAUGGUACCGUCAAGUUGUGGGAUGUGCGUGUUGGUCCUGGUGCGCAUAACAAGGCUGUUCCGGUAAAGGAGAUUGCUCUGGGAGAUGGUGGUCUGUUUUUGGCUUGGAGUCCGACUGGUCAACAUCUUGUAGCUGGUCGUAGGGACGAUGUUAUCGUGCCCAUCGAUGUGCGCAUGGGAGCUAUGGGCAACACCGAGGACUUGACCAUGCAGGAGGGUCGCAAGUUGGGUAGUGCUCAGACAAAUCAGAUGGCCUUCUCCAACUCUGGUCGCGAAGUCUUUGCUACAACUGGCGAGGGCACUGUCAAGGUCCUGGACUGGCCAAGCAUGACACUCCUCCACACACUCAACGCACACACCAGCGCCGCAUACAGCGUCCAACACAGUCCUAACGGCGACUUUGUGGCUGUCGGGGGCGGCGACUCUCUCGUUACCCUCUGGGACACAACCGACUGGGUCUGCAAGCACACCCUCUCAAACAUGACCGGUAGUAUCCACUGCUUGUCCUUCAGCUUCGACGGCACAUACAUCUGCGGCGCCCAUGGUAUGGACAAGGACGGCGACAAGGGUAUCCACGUCGCUUGCGCUCAGACCGGCGAGACUGUUCAUACCUUCGAUACCACUCACAUCAUCAACGUCCUGGCAUGGCAUCCACUUAGGUAUUGGUUGGCCUAUGCAGGUGACACGGGUGGUGUGAAGGUCAUCGGUCUUGGAAGUAAUCUUUGA